AUGCGGCAUCGAGCAUACUUCAGAUCAUUAUCGACCAUAUGCCUAUUAUUUUUAGCCCUGGAUACUGUAUCCGCCCAUUAUCCGCCCAAAAAUCCUUAUCCAACAGUCGGUAUAACUAACCCCUCAAACCCCUUGGAGGUUGAUCUGGGUUAUGCUGGUUACGUCGGAGUACACAAUGCCGCCUCUGGUCUGAACAGCUGGCAUGGAAUACGUUAUGCGCAAGCACCACUUGGACAUCGACGAUGGCAAGUCUCUGUUCCUCCACAGACGAAGUUUAAUGGCACUUUCUUGGAUGCGAGUACUCACGGACCGACAUGUCCACAGGCGCCUGAUCAUCUUACUACCCCGGAACCUGCAUGGACAGCAAGCACGUCAGUGAGCGAGGACUGUCUUUUUCUCAACGUAUGGGCCCCAGAAGAUGCCGCCGACUUGCCUGUUUUUGUUUGGAUUCAUGGCGGCGGUUACGGCUCCGGAAAUGCUGAUGCAGACAUGUCGUGGAUGGUUGAGACUCCUGUAACGAAAUUCGUUGCUGUGUCUAUACAGUACCGUCUUGGUGCAUUCGGCUUUCUAGCGGGCAAAGAUGUUCAGAAACAUGGAAUUGCCAAUGCUGGCCUCUAUGACCAAUACCUAGCACUGCAAUGGGUACAGAAGUACAUUUCGCUGUUUGGUGGUGAUCCGGAUCGUGUUACAAUUGGAGGUGAAUCUGCUGGAGGUGGCUCGGUAAUGUUGCAAGCCAUGGCUUAUGGAGGGACUGUCGGUGAUGAGCUUUAUGACGGGACUUUCUUGGCCAGUCCUUAUCUUCCUCAACAGUUUAAUUAUGAUGACCCCCUUCCAACUACAUACUACGAAUACUUCGCUGCCGAGGCAGGCUGUUCUGGCAGUAUGACUGAGAGUGUAUUCGACUGCCUGGUAGCGGCUGACACCAAUGCGCUUCAAAAUGCAUCUUAUACUGUCACAGUAAACGCCAAGUACGGACAAUGGGCAUUCGCACCUGUGACAGAUGGGAAAUUUGUUCAACAACGGCCGAGUGCACAACUUUCCGCUGGAAAGGUGAACGGGAAUAGGGGAUUGAUCGGAAACAAUGCCAACGAAGGGUUGGCAUUUACUCCUCAAAACGUGACCACCGAGGAGGAAUUCGUUGAAUUCGUACAGUACCUAAUGCCGGGCCUCAACGAUCAUCAAAUCCAGCAAGUGUUGGCUGAAUACGCUCUGCCGGCUAGCCUUCCCACCGUUGGAUUUGCUACGGAUGGUCUAAAUGCAAAUGCAACCGCUGUGUUUGUCAGCCCAUUUGCUGUUGGACAACAACAGCGAGCCAAUAACCUCUAUUCGGAAUUAACAUUCGUCUGCUCCGCUUACUGGAUCGCCGAUGCAUAUGGGUUGAAAAGUAGAAAAAGCUACAAAUAUGAAUUCUCACUCAUCAACUCGUGCCACGGAGAGGACAUGCCAGGAUACUUUGGUAACGCACCUAACACUAUGAGCCAACCAUUCCAGCAUUCUUUCCUUUCCUUCUUCGACAGCUUUAUCACUCACGGUACUCCCAGUAACACUACGUCAUAUACUAUCGACGUUCCUGCCGAUAUCGCCCAAGUCCUCGCAUAUUGGCCAUCGUGGACCCCAAACAACCGAGUGCAAGCCAACCUGAACCAGACAGGUGGCACUCAUACAACGGGCACUGAUUCAUACGAUCCAUAUAAAUAUGUGAUCAACACAUACGUCGAUCCAGGCUUGGUUCCUGAAUUCAGUAUGGUUGAUGGAUAUAGCUGGGAAGGGGGCCGAGGACGAAGAUGCGAUUUUUGGAAGUCGAUUGGAGCUGCUGUGCCUGAGAAGUAG